AAACCGAUAGCGUGUGACUUCUAUCGGUUUCUGUGGGAAUUUUUACCAGGGUACUUGUAUCUUUCUUGAUUAUAAUACCGCAGCACACAACUCCUUUGUAAAGUCUAUUUUAUUUGAUUUGUAUACUUCAUUCGAGAAUCCAUUAAUUUAACUUCUGAGAGACUCGAUGUACACGCCGCAUAGCACUUUUGAGAGAAAGGUGAAGAAUCUCUUCCCGAUUCAAGGAUCAUUUAUUCCAUUCGGAUUCUGUAUCGUUCAUUUCUGCGGGACGGUAAGACGUCGUAGCGUUGUGCGGUGUGUGGAACGUAUGCAGAGCACACGAGGGAGGCGAUAUACCUGCAUGACGUAUGCUGCGCAGAAUCGUAUCGGCUAUGGUGUAACAUAGAGUUAGACGAGCCGUAUUUAAUUGUGCACCAGUGUGAAAAGGGACCUUGGGAAAGAAUGCCGUCGAUACCACGGACGGUCUCGCCCUCGAUAAUCGUUCUCCUAAUAUUCGAAUGUUAUUCGGGGACCCGCGGAUCCUCGAUAAGAUCGUUGGACGUGCCGCUGGCCGUGCGCAACGGCACCGGACCGCUGGACCUGAUUUGCGCCUACGAGGUUGACGAAGACGAGAACGGACUAGUAAUCAAAUGGUUUCACGAAGCGUAUCAGAUCUAUCAGUGGAUCCCGCCGAUACCGCCACAAGAUAUCGGAAUCAUCAAAGGAGUCGCGGAAUAUCCAGAUGAAAACCUGAAGGACCCGUAUUCGCGUUCGGUGAUACGAUUGAAGACCGUUACGAUAGACAUGACAGGGGAGUACACGUGCGCGAUCAGCACAUUCCAGGACGAGGCGAGCAGCUCGACGAGGAUGAUUGUCUAUGUGCCGGAAAGCGACAUGACGGUGCGCACUUACCCCUUCAACAAGACCCACGUGAAUUUAACGUGCGUGGUCACGGGCGCGCGUCCACGGCCGUACCUGAAGCUCUACGUCGAGGGGAUCGAGAGCAACGAUCGCGGGAACGAUCGAGGAUCCUUGACGGACUGGUACAAGGACAACCCUCGCACGUCGCUGGACGUCGUCGUCGAGGACACGCUGGAUCCCGCCGUCGUCGAGUGCGAGAUGUCGAUCCCCGAAACGGAGUACAAGCGCCGAGAGCGGAUCGUCUACUACCCCAGUUCGAAUCGUUUCAAUUAUCCGACAGACAUUGCACUUUGACACGCGAGCGUCCUCGUUAUUUAAUUCCCCGUCGUGUCGGAUUAUCUAAACAACGGAGGAGAAAUGAUAUAUAGAAACCUGCUUUUUUUAGAUCCAUAAAUUAUAUUAAGACUUAACAAAAUUUACAGUCUUGUUUGAGAAUCGAGAUAUUUCAAACACGUCUAAAAAGUCUCUUGCAAACCAAUAUAUGUAUUUUUAAUUAAUCGAGUAGAUGAGAUGUUUAUUAAAUGCAUAUUUUCCUUCCGUAUGUUUCAGCGCAAUUACUACCCUAUCGCACAAAUGUUUCACAAGGGAGGCGCCACGCGAUGUUGCUUGUCGAUUAUAUCAUUUAUAUCGCCAUUCUUAGAUU